GCAAGGGGGAGCCGUAGGUUUAUAGGUGAAGAGUCCGAGGUGGAACUACAUCAUGGAUGAUGAUAUCGAUGCAGAGGAGGUGCGGCAGCAACCGACGACAGUCCAGCAGGAGCGGCCCGACAGGGGUUGUGUGGUGUUGAACGAGCACGACACGAACCCCGUGAUGACAGAGGAGAUUGUGGAGAUGGCUCAUGAGGCUGUGUACACGGUCGCCGUCGCUGCCGCGGUGCCAAAGCAGUUGAUGGCGCAUAACACUUCGCCCAACGCUUCCGUCGCGUGGGAGGCGGUUGGCGAGACGAAGAGCUUCAGCGAUAAGGAAAUCGCGACCGAGUUGAAGCGGAAGCUGGAGGAGAAGUACGGCGGCACGUGGCACGCCAUUGUGGGGGCGCACUUUGGAGGUAAUGUUACCAGUGACGCGGAGACGUUAGUCAACUUACGGAUUGAUAAGCGGCACUUCCUGGUGUUUCAAUCUGGUCCACCUGAUCGUCCAAAAAUAUUGGAAGGUGGGAGCGAAGUUGCAGGGGCCUAAGCAGCUAGGAAUAAAUAUGUAUACACUGAAGCACGUCCAGGAUGUGCGGAAUCACCAAUAUACGCAUUGACUUAAAUAAUCGGGGAUCGUCUUUGACUAGGACAUCCUGGCUGUAUAUCGUUCUUUUUAAGCAACGAAAGAUCGAUUUUUUUACUCUUAGAUGUGUAAGCAGAAAAGCAUACCGUGAAAAGGAUUUCGUAGCGAUAUUUACUGCUCUCACGGUUCAACUUUAGAUGUAAAUAUGUACUCUUUUAAGAAUAGUGCAGAAGUAUGCGACCUGUAUUCAGUAACUUUUCGUCUUAAAUGACGUAAAUGAGUAGAGUU